CAGCAACGCACAGACGAAGGAGAAGGAGAAGGAGAAGUUAAGUUGGUGUUCGGCGACAUGAUGCAGGCUCUGAGAGGCGUCAGACGUCUGAGCUCUAGCUCAGUGAUACAUACAGUGUCGGAGCUCUCGGUUCCAGUCCCAUGGGGAGAGAUCAGAGGUCAGGUGUGGGGUCCUGAUCACGGCCGCCAUGUGCUGUGUCUUCACGGCUGGGCUGACAACUGUGGCACAUUCAAGACCCUUGCUCCUCUGCUGCCCAAAGAGUGCAGGUAUGUGGCGAUGGAUCUACCAGGUCACGGUCGGUCAUCACAUCGUCCUCCUGGCAGUUUGUACUCUUUUCCCCUGUAUGUGAUGGAUGUUCACAGAGUCAUUGAUGCUCUGCAGUGGAGCAAAUUCUCCAUCAUAGGCCACAGUAUGGGUGGGAACAUCGCGGCGAUGUACAGUGCUCUGUAUCCUGAGAAGGUGGAGGCUGUCAUACUUCUGGACUCUUAUGGAUUUCUACCGACAGAUGAGAAAGAGGUUCCCAAAGUGAUGAGACAGGGGAUGGAUGGCAUGCUUCAGUUUGAGAAAAAGACAAAAGAGGAGGAAAGAGUUUACACCUAUGAGAAAGCAGCUCAGAGGCUUUGGGCUGCAAACCCAACUCUGUCAGAACAGUCAGUGCAAAUCCUUUUAGAGCGAGGUUCAGUUCAAGUUGAAGGAGGAGUUAAGUUCACUCGAGACCGUCGUAUAAACCUGAAAAACAUAAUGCGCAUCAGUUUGCAGCAGAGUCUGGAGAUGCAGUCGAGAAUAAAUGCCUCCACCUUAGUUGUUCUAGCAGAAGAUGGCUUUGAGAAAAUAUAUGCUGAAGAAGAACAACAGAAACUCUUAUCGGCUCUUGUGCAGGGCUACAGGGACAGAAAUCACACAGUGGUGAAAGUACCGGGUGAUCAUCACGUCCAUUUGAAUGAUCCCGAGUGUGUCGCUCCGCUUGUGUCGGACUUCCUGCAGACCACAGUGUUGUCACAGUCUGACAGACCGACAGAGAAGCAGACGUCUAAGUUAUAGAGAACACACUUCAAAUCAGCAGUCCGACAUGAAUUAAGUACAGAUGAUUUUUUGAUGGUUAAUUUAUCCUGAAGUUUCUAUACUCCUCUCAGUCGAGUUCUCUUAACAUCAACAAGCUGCCACAUGUUUCUCUGACUACUAAACAAUAAACAUGUAUAUGUA